CGCCCGCGCUCACCGCCCGGUUGGUCCUCUGGCUGCGGCGAGCCCUGAAGACCCGGAGUCCAGCGGGUCCGGCUUCGUGGGGAGCCUUAUCUGCGGAGGCCGUGGUCUGGAAUCGGAGUAUUCGGGGCAGACGCGGCGCUGCCGGAUAGUACCACCAUGGGGACCACAGCCCAAGGGCCCAUUCACCUGUUGGAUCUGUGUGACCAGAAACUCCUGGAUUUUGUCUGCAACAUGGACAAUAAGGACUUGAUGUGGCUCAAGGAGAUUGAGGAGGAGGCUGAGCGCAUGUUUAUCAGAGAGUUCAGCAACGAGCCGGAGCUGAUGCCCAAAACUCCUUCUCAGAAGAACCGCCGGAAGAAGAGACGGGUGUCUAAUGUUCAGGAUGAAAACAGAGAUCCCAUGAGGAAAAGGUUAUCCCGCAGGAAGUCUCGGAGCAGCCAGUUAGGCACCCGCUGCCUCCGCAGCAAGGACAAGGUGGAGAAGCCGGCUACUGUUGUUGGGGAGAAUGGCUCCCCUGUGUUGCGGCGGAUAACUCGGGCUGCAGCUGCAGCAGGAGCAGCCUCUGUGGCAUCAGCUGCUUCCUCUCCCACUGCUGGGUUUCCCACAGUGGUCAAGAAAGCUGUGGUGGCGGUGAGCACCAGAGAGCAGCUGAGUGCAGAGCUGCACCUUGUUCAGCUCAAAGGUGGCCUUCCUCCAUCUUCAGUCCCAGCUCCAGCCACACCGCCAGCUUCCCAAGGCAUCCUGACAUUGGAGGAGGAAUCAACACCCAAGGAGGCAGAGGCUGGGAAGCUGGAGUCUGUCGCAGUGAGCUCCCUCAAGGCUACCCCCCAGAGCCCCAAGAACAGAGGGGUUGGGGCAGGACGUUCUGUUUCCAAGCUCAAGAUUGCUCAGGCCUCCUGGAGCUUGCAGGACUCUCCUGGCUCUCCAGACUCUCCAUGGCAGGAGAGGGUGCUUUCUCCUCUCCAACCAAAUAACAUCUUGCCCACCACAGCCAAGAGCCCUCUUGGGAAUGUUCGGUCAGUGCAAAGAAGCCCGAUUUCCCAGGAUCCCCAAGUGCCACUAGCCACAAAGUACUGUUUGGUGGCCAAACAAGAAAAUGCUAAUCGUAGGUCAAGCAGAAGGCUUGCCAGGAAGGCUGACAAGGAGCCAGAGGCCUCUGCUCGCAUCAUCUGUCACAGUUACCUAGAGAGGCUCCUGAAUGUUGAAGUGCCUCAGAAAGUUGGCCUGGAGCAGGAGCCCACUGAGGAGGCUGAGCCUGAGAAGGCAGCGGAGGAGCUGGAGGUGGCAGCAGAGGAGCCAGAGGUCUCCAAAAACAGUGGCUGUACUUCGAAGCGCCACAGUGCCACCAAGACUGUGAUUAGUACGCCUACCUCGAAGCCUGUGGCCACUGGCCAGGCAACAGCCGUUGAAGAGCAGCAAGAACCCAAGCUUGACCAAACAGAUGGACACAGAGAACCACCCCAGAGUGUCAGGAGGAAACGCAGCUACAAGCAGGCAAUGAGUGAACCAGACGAGGAGCAGCCGGAGGAUGAGGAGCUUCAACCCCCCCAGAACAAGACCCCUUCCCCACCCUGUCCAGCCAACAAGGUGGUACGGCCCCUCCGGACCUUCUUGCACACAGUGCAGAAGAACCAAAUGCUCAUGACCCCUACUUUGGCCUCCCGAAGCAGUGUCAUGAAGUCCUUCAUUAAACGCAACACUCCCCUCCGUGUGGACCCUAAGUGCAGCUUUGUUGAGAAGGAACGCCAGCGCCUCGAGACUCUGCGGCGGAAGGAGGAGGCUGAGCAGCUGCGCAGACAGAAGGUGGAGGAGGACAAGCGGCGGCGGCUGGAGGAGGUGAAGCUGAAGCGUGAAGAGCGUCUCCGCAAGGUGCUGCAGGCCCGUGAGCGGGUGGAGCAGAUGAAGGAGGAAAAGAAGAAGCAGAUUGAGCAGAAGUUUGCUCAGAUUGACGAGAAGACAGAGAAGGCUAAGGAGGAGCGGCUGGCAGAGAAGGCCAAGAAGAAGGCAAAUGCCAAGAAGAUGGAGGAGGUAGAGGCGCGCCGGAAGCAGGAGGAGGAGGCGCGCAGGCUCAGGUUGCUCCAACAGGAGGAAGAGGAGCAGCGGCAUUACGAGAUGCUCCAGCGGAAGAAGGAGGAGGAGCAGGAGCGGCGCAAGGCAGCUGAGGCCAGGCGACUGGCAGAGCAGCGUGAGCAGGAGCGGCAACGGGAGCAGGAACGCAAGAGGGAGCAGGAAUGUCUUCAGGCCAAGAGGGAGAUGCAGGAGAGAGAAAAAGCCCUGCGGCUGCAGAAGGAACGACUUCAGAAGGAACUGGAGGAAAAGAAGAAGAAGGAAGAGCAGCAGCGCCUGGCUGAGCUUCGACUGCAGGAAGAGCAGGCGAAGAAGGCCAAGGAGGCGGCCGCAGCCAGCAAUGCCCUGAAUGUGACUGUGGACGUACAGUCUCCUGUUUGCACCUCAUAUCAAAUGACUCCACAAGGACCUAAAUCCCACCCCAAGAUCAGCACAGAUAACUAUGGGAUGGACCUAAAUAGUGAUGAUUCCACAGAUGAUGAGGCUCAUCCCCGGAAGCCCAUCCCUUCCUGGGCCAGAGGCUCCCAGCUCAGCCAGGCCAUCGUCCACCAGUACUACCACCCCCCGAACCUUCCAGAGCUCUUUGGAACCAUUCUCCCUCUGGACUUGGAGGACAUCUUUAAGAAGAGCAAACCCCGCUACCACAAGCGCACUAGCUCUGCUGCUUGGAACUCACCACCCCUGAAAGCCACCAGGGUCCCUAGCAGCCUGGUCUAUAGCCUGAAGAAGCCAUGAGGCAGGUCCUCAGUCCUCCUGGCAGUACUGGUCCUCGCGUGUCUGUCUGUUUCUGUGUUGAGCUGGAGCCCUUCUGUGUGACAUGCCAUUGUUCAGAUGGAUGUCAACAUCCUCUACUUGUCAGGGGCUCCCAGCCCUGUGUGGAGGAUGGGCUUGAUGGGUGGCUGGGGGAGAAGAACCUGGUUCAGCACUGAUUGGUCUGUAGGCAGUACUCUGUAAAUAGAUUGUUGCAAUUCAGUUGACUUUUAGUUUCUAGUGUUUGUGAGGUAGUUUAAUAAAGUCUAUACCUUGAA